AUGCAGGAUGUUGCAGUUUUUCUGUUCUUUGUAACCGUGGCGCGUUCUUUUAUUUUUAUUGAUGGUAGGCACAAAAAGGAACUCUGGAACUCUAAGAAGUCGGAAAGCCCAAGCACUACUUUGACCGGGAUGUACCAAAUCAACCGUCAAGCUCAAGAGGUCUAUAUGUUCAUUACUUGUAUCGUGAUUCCGAUAGCACCAUAA